GAUAAACUUCUUGGGCCAGGCCUUCGAGCACGCUCCGCUCCUCCGCUGCUUGGUCACCGACCCCUCGGAACGCCGUUCAUCUGAGAAAGGAUGGCGGUCCUGGCGGAGAUCGCCGGCGACGAGUCCCCGCCGCCGCUUCCUCCUUCCGAAGGCGGCGAAGCUUCCGGAGCCCCGUCCACGUCUUCUCCCUCCGAUGCCGACGGCGGCGGCAAGCCUUCGCCGCGCACGUCGAAGCCCGGCAGGAAGCGCCUCGUCCUCACCGCCUCCGUCCUCCUCUCGUUCCUCAUCGGGCUGCCCUUGCUGCUCAAGUCCACCGAGAUCCACCGCUCGCCGCUGCCGUCCGACGCAAUCGCCGCCCUAUCCCGCCGCCUCCACUCCAACCCGCCCUCGUUCCCCUGCGGCCUCCAUGCGGUCUUCCUCCGCUCCGGCCGCGACCCCUCCGAGGCCUCCGUCGCAAAUCGCAUCGAGCGGGAAAUCUCCACCCAACUCGUCGAUCUCCCUGACGCUUCCACCGCCGGUAAAAUCUCCGUGUCAGUCACCGUUGAGUCCGCUGGUGGCUGCUCUAGUAGCAGCAAAGUCGCCUCGCCUUGGCGAUGUGGUGCUGUGACUACCGCGGACUUGGGGCGCGGCGAUGAGGUGUUUGAUGAAUUGCUUGACUCGGCAUUGGGUGAUGGAGGCGGGGAUGGGAUGAGGGUUUACACUGUUGUCUUCGUGGACAGUGACGAUUUGAAGAGAAUUGUCAUUGGGAAACACCGGCAUGCUUGGGUGGUCGGGAAGGUUGAUGAGGCUGAGGUUGUGUCCAUCAUUGGGAAGGUAUUCGUCAAGUAUUUCAUGAAUGGUGGUGUCGAGGAGGGCGAAGCAAGCACUGUGAAAAGAGAGUUCAUGCCAGUUGGAUCAGAUGGCAAUAUAGUUCUUUCAUUUAGCCUGCUGAAUGCUGAUCCAAGUGAUUGGGUGUAUGAUUGGGAGUUUGAAAAUAUUGGUCAAAGGAUGUUGACUCCUGUUAUUGAGGCGUUACGACCGAUUGCGAACAUUAAUAUAGAGAGUCAGGUUUUGUACCACACACCAAAAUCAUCCUAUUCUUAUUCUGAUGAUAAACUUGGUGGCAAUGUCCUUAGCGUGGGAGACAUUCCUUUCUUUGUUAAUUCAAAUGAGUGGCACUUGGAUACAUCCAUUUCAGCUACAGGACGAUCAAAAGUUCUUCAAUUUGUGGUAUAUAUUCCAUCAGCAAGGGAAUGCCCUUUGUACCUGCAACUUCCAGAUGGGGAGCUUUCCAAAACUAAUGCAUUUAUAUCCCCAAUGUGGGGAGGUGUUGUUAUUUGGAACCCACCUGGCUGUUCAUUUGGUUCUAAGCCACAUGGGGCCCUGGACAAAAUGUCAUCUGAGGAACUCAUGGAGACUAUUGAAAUCUUCAUAGGACAGCUAAGGCAGUUAUUUGGUCUAAAAUCAAGUUAUCACACACAGAGUAUGGAUGGUGUAACUAAGUUCAUAACUAGUCCAAAAGGGUUUGCCCAAUGGGAAUUGGAUUUAUUAUACCGGCACCAUGCAUGUUCCAAUCUUUUGUCCUGUCUCACCACCUUGGAAUCCCUUUCCAGUUUGGUCCAAUCACUCCCCAGAAUGAUUGUUAUGGAUGAAAUUGGGAGGCAGGUUGAGCUUUCUCUUGAAGCUGCAAGUUUAGCUCAAAGAAACGCAAGCCUCGGAAUAAGUGACUCUUCAGCAGUAUCUGCAACAAGAGCGAGGGCUUUGGCUGAGGAUGCAUUUUUUCAUCCAUCUGUUAUGUCUAUCAGUUAUGCUUCAAUAGAGCACUAUUUUGCGAUUUACAUGCCAUUCUUUGCGCCAGUUUCCUUGCAUGUGCUGUUGGCGGUAAUGAAAGAGCUGAAACGAUACAUGGUAGAGAGAAGGAAAUAUUCAGCAUUUCUUGCUUCCCAGGCGACAUCUUCCUGAUCUUUUGGUGAUUAUCAGCAGCCCUGUUUCAUGCCUAGUACUAUCAUCCACACCAAGUCUGAUAUAGAUGGUAGAUAAUCUGCAACGGUUCAGCCACAGCUGGGGGACGCGUCUUCUUACCAUCAAGCAACUGCUGGGCAGACAGGUAGACCAAAUGGUGUGUGCCUGUGAACUCGCAGACCAGGUGAAGAUGUGAGGGAACCCAGUUUUUGUCACAAAUACGGCGUUCUUCCAUGAAACCAGCUUGGUGAGGCCUUAACUGAUCGUCGGGUAUCAUUCACAUUUUUUGGUGAGGCCUUAACUGAUCUCUGAAACUACAGACCGCUAUCUAAAGCCAAUGCAUCUGUAAAUUGUUGUAUAAUUUGAGAGCGCUUGACAAACUCCCCGCAGACCAAUGUUGGAUUAGCAGUUAACACGAACUUUUACGGGUUUGAUGUGUGUGUUCA